AUGGAUGACGAGAAUAAGUUAGUUGAACAGCUAGUUGAAAUGGGGUAUUCAAAAUUAAUUAGUCAGAAGGUUAUCCAAAAGAGUGGGGCAAAAACAAUUGAGGAUGCUAUUAGCUGGAUAGAACUUCUAGAUGAAAACGAAAACAUGUCCGAUGAAGAAUUAAAAGAUGUUAACACAAAGGAAGAAGAAAAAACAGACAACUUGAAAAAUAAGGAAAAAAUAAAAUUAGAAAAUGAUAUGGAUGAAAAUAAUAUUAUAAGUAGUGAAAAAACCAGUAAGUUAAGCCCUGAGGAAGCUCAGAAGAAAGCUUUAGAAUUACAAAAGAAAAUUCGAGAAAAGAAAUUAUUAAAAGAAAAAGAAGAAGAAUUAGAAAAAGAGAAAAAAAGAAUCGCUAUGGCUAAAGAAAUGCAAAAAAGAAAAGAACAAUUAGAAGAAUAUGAAAUAAAAAAAUAUAUUGAAUCAUUAGAAAGAGAAAAAAAUGAACAUAAAAAAGAAAAAGAAAAACAAUUAGAAUUAUUAAAAAGAGAAUAUGAAGCUAAAUUUGGUAUUGAAUAUAAAAUAGGUAAUGAAAAAAAAAAAUUACAAGAUCUAACAGAAAAUGAAAAAAGAGAUGAAAUUGCUAUUUUAUUUAAUAAUUUAAAAAAAAAUUAUAAAGAUACAAAAAAACAAGAAUUACUUGCAUCCUUAAAUAUUCUAAGAACUUAUUUCUCGAAUAUUUAUGAUAAUAUCUUGGAAAAAAAAUAUCAAAAAAUUAAAAAAGAAAACAAAAUAUUUGUUGAAAAAAUCAAGGUGUUUGAAGAAAUGCUACACAUCUUUUUAUUAGUUGGAUUUGAAGAUACGGGUGAUUUUUAUGUCAUAAAAAAUUAUCCAAAUACUUAUCUUCUUUCGUCAGCUAUAAAAUAUAUCGAUUUAAUUAAGAAAACGUUAAGUUAA